CGUCAAGGCAGCUGUAGUAUUACUUCCCCUGCUGGGUCUAACAUGGAUACUGGGGUUUCUCGCCGUCGGCACGGACCAGGUGGAAGCGAUGACAUACGUGUUUACUUAUCUCUUCACCAUUACCAACAGCUUUCAGGGGGUGCUGUUCUUCAUCUUUCAUUGUCUGCUGAAUUGUGAUGUUCGUCAAGCAUUUGAGAGGCGGUACAACAGAAGGAAGAGAUCAUCUUGUGUGGAAACAUCAUUAUCCAGGCAGAGGAAGUUCUCGGAUUUAGAAGGAUUUGACAAUAACGCUCAACGU